AUGGCCGAGAGUCCUGUUGACACCAUUUUCGGAUUCAACAAAUCUAAUGUAGUUGUUGCUGCUAGCUUAGCAGGCGCAGCUUUCGUUGGGUAUUGCAUUUACUUCGACAGCAAGAGAAGAUCAGAUCCAGAGUACAAAAACAAGAUUAGACAAAAACGACGUGAAGCAACCAGAAGUCGUGCUGGUAAGAGUGCAUCUGGUGGUGGAUCGGUCAGUUUCAACCCCACAGAUCCUCAAAGCCUACAAGCUGCUUUCCUCCAAGAAGUUCAGUUAGGAGAAGAGUUGUUCUCUAGUGGAAACAUUGAACAAGGAGCUGCUCAUAUGGCCAAUGCUGUUGCUUUGUGCGGCGAUAGCCAACACCUCCUUCAAAUCCUUCAACAGACCAUGCCUCCUGAGCAUUUCAAUUCUAUUUUGAGAAAGUUACCUGAUGCUCGUGACAGGCUAGCCCCAUUGUUCCCUCACUUCGGAGGUGAUCGUGUUCAAGAAGUUAGCGAUAAUGAAAAUGCUUCUGUUUCAUUCUUGGGAGAUGGUCCAUCCCCCGCUCAGGAGUUGAUUGAUGAUACUGAUGAUCUUGAAUAA